AUGGCGGCGGCAGAGCGGAGCUGGAACGAACCGCAGCGCCCCCCAGCGGGACGGGGGAGGCGGCGGCAGGUGAUGCCCCUCCCGGGGGGCAGCCGAGACGCAGCAGUGGCGGAGCGGCCCGGCCCCAGCGCCAGCGCCAGCGGCGGAGGCACCGGUGCGGCGGCGGAAAUGGAGUUUGCGAAGCAACCGUGGACGGCCGGGCCCAGCGCCGUGCCCGUCGGCUGGCAGCGGGUGACGAGGCGCAGGCAGGCGGGCAGGACGGCGGGGAGGACUGAUGUGUAUUUCAUCAGCCCUGACGGAAGUAAACUGCGCUCCAAAAGGGCCCUCGCGGAGUACUUCAGGAAAACUGGGGAGACAUCGCUGAAAGUGGAAGAUUUUGAUUUUACAGCCUCUAAUGGGAGGAGGAGAUGUCCGAGGGUGAAAAGCUACAGCACAAAAGCCACGAGAAGUGAUUCAGAGAAUGAGGAUCCUCACAGUCGAGUGCAAGGCCUGCAAAAUGAUGCAGAGGAUGGAAUUCAAAGUGUUCAGGCUGGGAAUGAGCACCUGGGAGACGCUCCAUGCGCUUUGGAAGGCCGAGAGUUGAUCAGGAAAGGCAUGAACCCAGAGGAGUGUUUGAAAACCAAAAAGGGGGCAGAUUUAAAACGUGUUCAGAACAGGAAAGCUGUGAAGAGCUCAGAAGAGAGGGAUCUCGACAGCACCCAGAACAAAAGGCAGAGAAGAGCAGGGAACAAGCAAGAAACGGGCUGCGUACAGAGCAAGAGGCUCUGUAGACAGAGAGACACGAGUGGGGCGGGCAGGCGGGGUGGGGAGGAGCAGGGGGCAGUGCCAGCUUGCUCGCAAAGGGGGCUGCAGGGCCUGACAGAGGAGGAACCUGCAGAGGCAGCGUCUAAAGACACAUAUGCACAGUGUGAGGAGAAAGCCAGCAGGUUGGGAGUAGGGAAAGAGGAAGGUGGAGAGAAUCCAGGUAACCAGAAGUCUAAACCUGAGACUGAAAGGGCUGCUGAUGCCUUGCAGCUGUGUGACAAGAGCAGCUUCACAGCCGUUCAAGUGCUGCCAGAAGAGUCUAUCCCACGGACACAAGUGGAUAGGAGGAAAACAAGUCCAUACUUUUCAAGUAAAUACAGUAAAGAAGCUCCCAACCCGCCUAGAAGGAAGGCCCUCAGAAAAUGGACUCCUCCACGUUCUCCCUUUAAUCUGAUCCAAGAAACACUUUUCCACGAUCCAUGGAAACUUCUCAUUGCAACCAUAUUUCUCAAUAAAACUUCAGGUAAAAUGGCAAUUCCUGUGCUCUGGGAGUUCCUUAAGAAAUAUCCUUCUCCUGAAAUAGCUAGGACUGCAGACUGGAAAGAGAUGUCAAUGCUGCUCAAACCUCUUGGCCUCUAUGAGCUCAGAGCGAAAACAAUCAUCAAGUUCUCAGAUGAGUACCUGAGCAAGCAGUGGAAAUACCCCAUCGAGCUGCAUGGCAUCGGCAAGUAUGGGAACGACUCCUACAGGAUCUUCUGUGUCAACGAGUGGAAGGAGGUACAGCCACAGGACCACAAGUUAAACGUGUACCACGCAUGGCUCUGGGAGAACCGGGACAGACUGUGCAUAGGCUGAGGCAUGGAGAAGGAAAGGCAUCAGGAAGGCACAGCUCCCACCUUCUGGUCUUCACAGCCUUACGUGCUCUGCGCAGUGGGUUACUCUGACCAAGUUCUUACAUGAAGUAUUUAUCUGUGUGUUGCACCCGGCUCAGGUCGUUGUUGUGAUGUCAUGUUUCAAAUCCCUGGGUUUUAAUAAACAUAUCCCAGUUUUUGUA